AUGGCCGAUGGUAAUCCAAUUGAUAGGUAUGAACUUAAGGAAUUACUUGGAACUGGAGCAUUUUCCGAAGUCAGGUUGGCGGAAGACAAACUGAAUCCUGGCGAGUUCAGAGCAAUAAAGUGUAUCCGUAAAAGAGAAAACUCACAGAAAGCAAACGAUGAAGAAGGGUAUAAAUUGGAAUACAAAUCACGUGAAGAGUCGCUCAAAAAUGAAAUAUCAGUCCUGCGAAGGCUUCAUCAUCCAAACAUUGUUCAACUCCUGGAUGUAUUUGAGGACGAUGAUUCCUAUUAUCUAGUCAUGGAGCUGUAA